AUGAGCGCGAUAUUAACAGACAGGCAAGCGGAAGAGCUGCACAAGGCCAUAAUCGCAUAUCUGGGUGUCAUAAACGCGCCAAAGACGGCCGAGGCUUUCCGGGAGGAAGCCAACAUAGCCGACAGCUUCGACGAUGCUACCCGGAAAAAGUAUGAGGGGCUGCUGGAGAAGAAAUGGACCAGUGUAGUACGGUUGCAGAAGAAGGUCUUGGAACUCGAGCAGCGCAACCAGAGCCUCCAGAGCGAGCUCGAUUCCACCACGCCAACCUCGCUCAUCAGAAGGAAUCAAGACCCCACUAGCUGGCUGCCGCGAGCUCCAGCACGGCAUACUCUCCAGUCACAUCGCUCACCUAUCACAUGCGUCGCGUUCCACCCCGUUUUCUCGUCGCUCGCUUCGGGCUCUGAAGACACUACCAUCAAGAUCUGGGAUUGGGAGUUGGGUGAGCUCGAACGAACGGUCAAGGGUCACACGAAAGGCGUGCUGGACGUCGACUUUGGUGGUCCCAGAGGCGGUACACUGCUAGCGUCGUGUUCGAGCGACUUGACUAUCAAGCUGUGGGACCCCUCAGACGAGUACAAGAACAUCAGGACACUUCCCGGGCACGACCACUCCGUCUCUGCGAUUCGAUUCGUACCCAGUGGAGCUGCGGGCUCUCCGUCGUCGGGCAACUUACUAGUCUCUGCGUCGCGAGACAAGACUCUACGGAUAUGGGAUGUCACAACAGGAUACUGUGUGAAGACGAUACGCGGACAUGCCGACUGGGUACGAGACGUCGCGCCUAGCUUUGACGGACGAUGGCUCCUGUCAGCAGGAAAUGACCAGACUGCCAGGUUAUGGGACGCUAGCUCAGGGGAGGCCAAGUGCACUUUCCUUGGGCAUGAGCAUGUCAUUGAAUGUGUUACAAUAGCGCCCCCAGUAUCCUAUGCCAACCUUGCAGCUCUCGCCGGACUCAAGAAACCGCCACCACUAAGCAGUUCUGCCGAGUACAUUGCAACUGGAUCAAGAGACAAGACUAUAAAGAUAUGGGAUGGACGGGGAACGUUGAUAAAGACUCUUACUGGCCACGACAAUUGGAUACGGUCGCUCGUCUUCCAUCCAGGCGGAAAGUACCUACUAUCAGCUAGCGACGACAAGACUAUCCGAUGCUGGGAUCUCACACAAGAAGGCCGAUGUGUCAAGACUGUGACUGACGCACACGGACAUUUCGUCAGCUGUAUGCGAUGGGCGCCAAAUGUCAUCAAGGACGUGCCUGUCAAUGGAGACGCGCCCAAUGGCGCAGCCAACGGCACUAAUAAGAAGAAAGAGGAGGAGGCAGCCAAAGCAGGCAUACGAUGUGUAAUCGCGACAGGUUGCGUUGAUUUGAACGUUCGCAUCUUUGCAUCGUGA